AUGGCCACUCAAGUAACCCUUUUGAAUUUAGACUACAUGAGGUCUGUAGUAAGUGUACCAUUUUCAUGAAAGCGUCCUCUGUUCUCGUCUUGUUUUGAUUGUGAAAGUCUAAAUAGUGCUGAGCCUUUGUUUUUGCUCAGAUGUAUUUAGUUGCAGGCCCACUUCACAGCAAGCUGCUCUCAUAGAGACCAAAGUAAACUGAGUUUGAGAUGUUUUCCAGGCACAGCAGUGAAUGCCGGCUGAUGAGAUGCAGACUGUCGACCAUGCAACUUUAAGGAACCUGGACAGGAGCUGAAAAUAUCUUCAUCACCCCUUAGAAGUCAGAUGAAAUGAAGUAGACCUUUGGAUUGGUUUUUGAAAGUUUCAUCAGGACAAAACCGGUUAUCAGAACUAAAGGCUUUCGUCCAGUUGCUAAAAGACAUUUUUUGGCCUUAAUCUUGUAGCAGAGUUUUCUUUUAUUUUCACAUUUUUUACUUGAAUUAAUUAUCUCACAACUGCAAUCAUGGGAGCAGCAGAUUAUGGAUAUUACCGCACUGUUAUAUUCAUCUCAAUGUUUGUGGGCUACAUGCUGUAUUACUUCAACCGAAAGACUUUCUCCUUUCUGAUGCCAUCAGUGAUGGAGGAGAUUGAUCUGGAUAAAGAAGAGCUUGGGCUGAUCACCAGCAGUCAGACUCUGGCCUAUGCUAUCAGUAAGUUUAUCAGCGGAGUGCUUUCGGACAGGAUCAGCGCUCGCUGGCUCUUCUCCAUCGGGCUCUUCAUUGUGGGCACCAUAAACAUCGCCUUCUCCUGGUCAUCCACUGUCGUGAUGUUUACCGUGCUUUGGUUCGUGAACGGGUUCGGCCAAGGUUUCGGCUGGCCACCAUGUGGAAAGGUGCUUCGGAAGUGGUUUGAACCAUCUCAGUUUGGCACAUGGUGGGCCAUCCUGUGCUGCAGUAUGAACCUGGCAGGUAGUCUGGGACCCAUCAUCACUACAGUGUUGGUUCAGUACUAUAACUGGAGAAUCAUCAUGUCCAUGUCUGGGGUGAUCUGCAUGGCCGUCGCUUUCGUUUGCCUUCUGAUGGUGAAGAACGAACCCAGUGAUGUGGGGCUGCCCAACAUUGAGCAUGGAGCUAAAAAGGGCAAAGGGAAGAAGGGAGGCCCUAAUGAUGAAAGCAGUCUAAAAGACUUCCUGCUGUCUCCGUACCUUUGGGUGCUGUCUGCGGGAUACCUGGUUGUGUUUGGGGUAAAGAUCGCCUGCACUGACUGGGGUCAGCUCUUCCUCAUGCAGGAAAAAGGCCAGUCUGCCAUGAUGGGCAGCACGUACAUGAGCGCGCUGGAAGUUGGUGGGUUUUUUGGCAGCAUUGGAGCUGGUUAUCUGUCGGACAGGGCUGUUGCUCGGCAAGGGCUGGGUAUCUAUGGUAAUCCUCGCCAUGGGCUACUCCUGAUGAUGAUGGCAGGCAUGGCUGUGUCCAUGUACCUCUUUCGGGUUACCAUCACACCAGAGAUCCCAGAGGAAGCACCGCUGUGGGUUUUGGCACUCCAUCCAGUUUCAGUCCUCACUGGUGUCUCAGAGAAAGAGCUCUGGAUUUUGAUUCUUGGUGCUGCAUUUGGAUUUUCCUCAUAUGGACCAAUUGCCUUGUUUGGGGUGAUUGCGAGUGAGAGCGCCCCCUCCAAUUUCUGUGGGACAUCACAUGCCAUUGUAGCUCUGAUGGCAAAUGUUGGUGCAUUCAUUGCUGGCCUGCCAUUCAGCACCAUUGCCAAACGCUACAGCUGGGACACGGCAUUCUGGGUAGCGGAAAUCACCUGCGCUAUAACAACAGUUUGUUUCUUCUUUGUGCGUAACAUGCGCACAAAAAUGGGCCACGUGCCUAAAAAGAUGGACUAAUCCUCUUAUUAUAAAGAUCCAAUCAGAGAGCCCUACCAAUGUGACAGCACUCGAUUAGCACAUCUGCUCUUAAAGGGAAAUGUCAUUUCUGUCAUAAUUUACUCACCUCAUGUCGUUCCAAACCCAUAAAACUUUCAUUCAUCUUCGGAACACAAAUGAAGAUAUUUUUAAUGAAAUCUGAGAGAUUUCUGUCCCUCCAUUGAGAGUCUGUUCAGACUCUGCUGCUUCAAAAAAUUCAUAAAGAGAUCGUAAAACUAAUCCAUAUGAAUCGAGCUGUUUAAUCCAAAUCUUCUGAAGUGACAUGAUCACUUUAUGUGUUGACAGAUUUAAUUUAGGCUUUUAUUCACAUAUAAACAUUCAUCAGCGAACAUACAUAGAGCAUACACUUUUAACUGAGGGACAGAAAUCUCAGAUUUCAUUAAAAAUAUCUUCAUUUAUAAAUAUCUUUCAUUUUCUGAAGAUGAACGAAAGUCUUAUGGGUUUGGAACGACAAGAGGGUCAGUAAAUGAUGACAGAAUUUUCAUUUCCUUGAAUUGUUCUUAGGGUUUUAAUGCCAGUGUUACUGUUGCACUUUUAUAAAUGUAUAUUUUUAAAUUACAUUUAGAUUACCUUCAGUACCAAAUUAAUUGUUUUGUUUUUUUCCUCUUGGGCUUAUUCGGCAGCAAUAUCACAACAUUCACACACUUUAGAGAUAAAGUGGCUCCACUGUACAUCUUUCAGAAGAACAGAACUUGUAGUACUGUGAGAAUAGAAAUGUUUACAGACUCAAAGGGGACCUAUUAUGCAAAAUUCACUUUUAUAAGGUGUUUGAACACAGAUGUGUGUCCGCAGUAUGUGUAAACAGCCAGCCUAUAAUGGUAAAAAUCCACCCACUUAUAUAAAUCAUAAACAGUCUCCAAUCGAGCGGUUCCAGAUUUCCCUCUACAUAAGAGUUUGGGAAGCUCCACCCACGACUGGUGACAAAAUCUGCCCUAUUAGCUUUACUCCUCCCCUUAGUAAGCUGUACACUGUCUGCCAUGUUUAUCUCCUCGCCAGAGCAUUUAACAGAUGCAUUUAGGUAAGAAAUGUAUUCUGAUUAAAGCUACUAAAGUUAUUAAAUCAAAAGCAGUGAGUGAUUUUUUUUUUUUUUUUUUUUUUUUUUCGGUUCAUAUUAAUAGCAUAUACAGCAGUAGGUACUGUAUAUUACGUUGCUGUCACUUUAAUACAUAGAUCUAAUAAACACAUGCGAUUUCUUUACUCGCUGUUUAUGUUCACAGACAUAACUGACUGUGUUCGUGAACUUUAUGUGUGUAUUUUAACCGCAAUAAGACGUGAAAGAGAACUUAGUUUAAUACUCACAGGACACGCCAUCUGACAGCCAGCUUUCUGUGCACGUGCUAUGGAUGUGUGUGCUUAGAAAACCAUAUAUCAGAAGUUUAAAACACAUGCAGAUAAUAAACUCAUGAUGAUGAAGAACUGCACAUGAGCGUGACCGCGAUAGAGAUGAUAGGCUUGUUCGACUUGAAGCAGCACUACACAGACCGUUCAGUGUAUGACGUCAAAGUACCACUGUUAAUCAAAACCAAACAGAUGUUUUAGUUUUUGGCAGAGUAUCCAAGGCGCAUGUUUUAUUUAUAGGCUCCGCCCUCUUCUGGAAAGCAGGGUGGGGAGCAGCAGCUCAUUUGCAUUUAAAGAUACAUGCACGAAAACAGCAUGUUUUCCCUUCCACUCAAAAAUGGGCAUUUACAACAUGGUAUAAUUAAUGAUCUAUGGGGUAUUUUGAGCUGAAACUUCACAGACACAUUGAGGGAACACCUGAGACUUAAAUUACAUCUUGUAAAAAGGGGCAUAAUAGGUCCCCUUUAAGUAUAUAAAAAGUCAUUUACUUUCUUAGUAUGUAUCAACAUGAAUUGUUUCUCAUGAAUGUUGUUUGACUCAAUACUUUCUAUGUAUCCUUGUUCAUUUGUUGAGUAGCAGCUUUAGAGCUUGAGUUUAGGUGUGGAGAAUUGAGGAUCAUCUCUCCCCAGUCUACACACAUUGUUCUUUUGCACUUUAACAUUUGUACUUUUGCCCCCAGUAUUAAAGCAAGAUUUUUUUUUUUUUCUCAAAAUACAGUGGCUGGACAACAAAAUUGAAACACUGGCCAAUAUAAUGUUGGUCAUUUCACUAUAUUUGUGCGGACUGGUGGCCAAACUUCACUGAUUUCACAUUUCAUCAGUAAGAACAGAGUGUGAAGGUUGAAUUAGCAGAGCAACAGCACAGCUGUACAGAAAAUAUUGCAAUCCACACAACAUAAUGGGGGACAUAUCAGAGUUCAAAAGAGGACAAAUACUAACCCGGAUUGUAUCCAAAAAACAAAACCACAGCUGCCCAACUCACUGCAGAAAUAAAUGUGCUCCUCGACUCUCCUGUUUCCACCGAAACUGUUCGUCAGGAGCUCCACAGAGUUAACAUUCACUGUCGGGCUGCUAUAGCCAUACCUUUAGUCACUCGUGCCAAUACCAAAUGUUGGUUUCAUUGAUGUGAACAGUGAAAAUCUUGGGCUGUGGACAAUGUGAAACAUGUAUUGUUCUCUGAUGAGUCCAUCUUCACUGUCUUUUCCACAUCUGAGGGAUUUACAGUGUGGAGAAGCCUUAACUUAACACCUGGACUGUUGCUGCCCAGAGUGAAGAACAGGGUGGAUCAGUGAUGGUACUGAUCCACCCUACUGUGCUUGAUGGGCACGUCACUGCCCAGGACUACCGAACAAUCACAUGGAGGACCAUGUGCACCAAAUGGUUCAAACAUUGUACCCUGAAGGGGGCGCUAUGUAUCAGCAUGAUAAUGCACCAGUACACACAGCAAGACAGAAUGGUUUGAUGAACAUGAAAGUGAAGCUGAACAUCUUCCAUGGCCUGCACAGUCAACAGAUCUGAAUAUUUUUGGGGUAUUUUGGAGGAGCGAGUCUGAAAAUGUUUCUCAGCAUCACAUAGUGACCUGGCCACUGUUCUGGAAGAGGAAUGAUUUAAAAUUCCGUUGUUUCUUUCAUUCCCAAGACGAACUGAUGCUGCAUUGGCCACAAAAGGAAGCCCUACACCAUACUAAUACAUUAUUGUGGUCUAAAACCAGGUGUUUCAGUUUCAUUGUCCGACCCCUGUAUGUUCCCAGUUCAUACUUAUUUCAUGCAACCAGCAGUAUCCUUUAUGAUGUAUAAAGGUGUAAAAAUGUAGUAUAGAAGUUUAUUGUAAGAUGUUGCUUAAAUGUCAACAGGAUCAAUUUAAACACUGGACUUGAUGACUUUUCUCAUUUCGUAUUUUUAUUGUGAGCAUAAACUACUGUAGUAGUUUUUCAUAUUUAUAUUAAUUUUUCAAAUGACUAUGGUGUUAGAGCAAUGCAUUCUAGCUGCACUCCUUUACAGCUUCCAGUUCAGUCAACAAAAUUUAUGUGCUUACAUCGGAAAUGUGAAUAGACUGUCCGAACAAUUCUCUCUAAACGAGUUUGAUUAGAAGUUCUCUGUUUUUCAUGUAGCUCCCAUGAGGAGGACAAACCAGCACAUUAUGUAUGUUAUACAACUCUGGCACUUACCCUACAAUAUAAAGGAUAUAAAUAUUACUUUCUCUGAAACUUUCUAGUGACACUGCUGUAGGGGCGUGAAAUGGACAAUAAAUUAUGUCAGAAAUUG